AUGGCCAAUCAUGUCAGUUUCUUGAUUGACUCCUUCACUAACCCGCGGGCACGCACCUACCACAUCAAGUUUGAGCCACCAAUUGGGUUCGCCGAAGGGCGCCUAGUCACCUGCAACUGUUGUUAUUUCACCAGGAGCGGCAGUGGAUGUAAACACAUGUUCUACUUGGCACAAGAGUACAAGUAUCUAGUGGUCAAGAGGGCACCCGGUCUCCACGAGACUCGUGCAACCAUCAAAAUCAACACUGACUCUGACGUUGAAGUGAUCAACUGCUCAAUCAAGCGCUCGAACUCUGGUCUUUUCUCACCCGGGGACACCUCCAACCCGAAAUGA